AUGAUGCUUCACCAGAUUUCGAACUUCAACACCCUCAUAGGGCAAUUCAGUGAUAAGCCGGUGGAUCUCGUCCCUAAUUGCCGCGCUCUGGAAGCAGAUAUAGUUUCAAAAUUUGGAUUUGGAAAAUCAAUCGGAGCAAUUGAAUCUCUAAAAAGCGGCCAAAAAUUGCAAAUAGUCGAAGAAAACGACCACAAGUCUACACAGAUGUCACUGUGGGCAGAUGAGCAACUGACCGCGGCAAUGGAUCCCAAAAGAAACACUGAAUUAUCUUUCCUCGGUGUUAUGGCUGGGUCUCGAUUUCCUGCGCAGUCAGCUCUUUCAGAAGCCAAGGAGAUGCUUGGACCUGGAACAGAUACGACAUCAGCUACCCUGGCUCAUAUAUUAUGGGCUCUUUCUCUUGACCGAGCGUUCCAGGAGGAUCUUGUUUCCGAACUGGAAUCUUCGAAUUGGCCUACAGACAUGACAGAACUUGAGUCUCUCCCCAAAUUGGUCGCGUGUGUGAAGGAGGGCAUAAGAUGGACAGGGGCAGCAGCCGCUAUGCUUCCGAGGAUUGUACCGAAAGGGGGAUGCGAACUUGAAGGAAUAUAUGUUCCAGGCGGAACAAUGGUCUCUAGCUCUCCGAUCUGGUAUCUUAGAGAUGAAGAUGCUUUCCCUGAGCCUGAUCUAUAUAGGCCAAGUCGAUGGCUGGCAAAAGAUCAGCAUGCAGUCGCUCCUCUCAACAAGGAAUAUUAUAUUCCAUUCUCCAGAGGCCCAAAUGUUUGCAUUGGUAUUCAUUUUGCAUACCUGGAAUUAUUUUUGUCAGUUUCCCAGAUUCUGAAGCUAUAUCGUUUGGAGCCUGUCGAUAAGCUGGCAAUGAACACCAAUAUUGAGGCGAUUUUGCCCCCACGAUUGGAGUUCGUUGCGGCUAUACCUAAAUGUUCUCUGCGGGUGAUACUGCAAGACAGAUAUCCGAAAAGGCCUUCUGAGUGA